AUGAAACCCCCUAUUAUUACAAUUAACCUGCUCAAACUGGUGGACACUCGCUUCACAUUCUUGUCUGGCAACAAAACCUAUGCAUUCAAGAACAAAAUCAGUAAGAAUGCAAUUGGUACCAGGCUCUGCUUUCUCUUCCUUGGCAUUAUCAAAUGCGCUAAACAAUAUGGGAGCAACUUUGCUAUUGAUUUGAUCCCUCUCACAUGUCAAGCAUUUAUAAAUGCUUGCGUGUUCAUCUACAUGUUUUCAAACAAAAAUGUCAAAAACAUCAACAUUAAUUAUGAUUCCGUGCCAAUGUCUGCUUUCACUGGCGAGGAGGGUCCUUUUAAAACAUAUAUGAUGCCAAACCUCUCGGUUCUUACAAUUUCCAGCAAGACAAAAAUAUUGCUUAUGAUUACGAUCUGA